AUGAAUCGCACCUCUGUUAAAAAUUAAAAUGAAACAAUGUUCUUUCUAUCAAUGAUCAAUUUGAUUUUUGGGAUUAUAAAGUAAGAGAUGUUCACAAUGAUAUCGAAUUCCAUACUUUUUGCUUUGAUGCUCUGUUACUUUGGGUACAAGUACAAGAGCCAUAGAAAGCAUCCCAUUUUUGAACAAGUCAUUCUCAUUUAUUAUUGCUGUUAUCAAUUGGUUUUGAGAGGAGUGCCAGCAAUUUGGUUUAACAUCUUUUCAAUCGCCUUGGACCAACAUCUGGGCCUAUUCGUAACUCUCGUACUCAUAAUCGCAUUUACAUGUGCGCAAGUGCAACCCAUGGUGGAGAUUAGUACACUCUAAGCGGUUUUAGAAUAGUUGAUUCUGAUUGUCCUGUUCCUCUACAACAGGUACAACUUCACGAGUCUCAAACAGCAAACUCAAGACAGAAUACUCAAAUAGAUAAUGAAGAAUGUGAGGUAUUACGCAUUUGAUUAGUACCAAAAUGAAAUUGAUGGAGAUUAGUUAUUAUAAUCAGAUUAGAUCUUAAAUUCAAAUGCCACCUUGUUUUCUUGUCGUUCUGAAAAUCAGAAACUAUAACAACAAAUAAGGAAGGAUCUCAAAAUCAAAUGUUACACCAUAUUACAAAUAGACAUAGUCCAAGAAUCCCAGAUUCUAUCAUCCAAACCUUCCGUUUUUGAAACAUUGGCUGGAUUUCUUGAAUUCUAUUAAAAGGAGAAGCAUAAAAUGAAAAACCAGGUAAUCUUGGCAACGGAAUUCGAUGAAGUAACAGGACUAAAGCAGUCAUAUCGAUUAUACAUAGAAUAAUUUAAAUAGCUGCAAAGACUUUAUACUUUGGUUGCACUGGUUAAUUUGGAUGAUAAAAUACCUUCAAAGCAAAACAAGAACAUAGACAAGUUCAAGAUGAGUUUGUCCAAGAUAUUCACUCACAAAUUGAAAACUCCCUUGAACACCACUCUUGGGUUCCUGUAGGCCAUAGUCCAAGAGAACAACACAAUCGAUGAAUAAGUGAAGAAUAGUUUUCUGAAGCCUGCCUUCAUCAAUUCCAAAAUACAAUACUAUUAUGUUUAGGACAUCUUAGAUUACGUGAAUUCGGCCAAGUUGGUUACGUACAAAGUGAGCAAGGUUAAUUUGCAUAAGACUUUGCAAUUGAUCUAUGAUAUGAUUGAAUUGCAAUGCAGAGCCAAGCAGAUCAAAAUCAUCUUCACCAUCAAUUCCAAGCCCUUCGAUGCCAAUGAAAAACCCAUCUAUUUAACUACCGAUUCAUUAAAAUUGGAACGGAUCCUUUUCAAUCUAUUGAACAAAUCCUAUAGACACACACAAAUCAUGGGCAAGAUCCAAUUGAAUGUGGAUGUGUUGUCUGAAGAAAAUCAAAUAUAAUUUAAAAUCAAUGACAAUGUCUAGGGGUUCAAUCAAGAACAAUUUGAAUAAAUCAACAAUUUUGCUAGAUUACAGAAUAAAUGCAUUCAUGGAUUCGGCAAUUCAAUCAUGAAAAGAUAGACCUUCAAAUUUAGUCUCACACUCUAAAUCACGAACAGGUUAAUUUAUUUUCUAAGUGACUUUCAGUGUUCCUUACAAAUAAACCACGAUUUAGAAGAAGGGGCUAUUUAUCAAUUCUUCAUCAGUCUCAACUGUCAACAAGUAAAUUUCCACCAGUCUUUCGAGAUUAGUUAAAAGUAUUCCAGUUUCUAAAAAAGGAGUUCAGGUUCACUUAAAUAACAUAUACCCAAUCAUAUUUCGCUAUUUACAAAAAGUUAAAAUUAAAUAUCGGAUAAGGUUCUGGAGGAAUAUGAGAUAGAAGAUGAACCUCUUGCAAAUAAGCCACUCUAAUUAAGUACACAAAUGGCUUAGAACUCUCCCUAAAGUGCUUUAUUUUAAAGUCAUCCAAUCUAGUAAAGUGUCUUUCCCCUUAAAAAGUCAGUGUUUCAAAAGGAAAUCAACGACAAAUCCCUCACCAUUUCAGUGGCAUUUGACCAUUCCUUCAACGUGAAACGCGUGGCAGAUUCCAUAGACAUUAGACAAGACAUGAAUCAAACCAUAAUGCUGGUUGAUGAUGAGCCAUUCAAUCAUGACACUCUAAAAUUGAUGCUCAAGAGUUUGGGAUUCAAAAAUUUCAUCAGUGCCUAUCAUGGUUAACAGUGUAUAGAGUUGGUGAAGAAACAUUACCGGUCUAUCAAAAUCAUAUUCAUGGAUCUAGACAUGCCAAUAAUGGGGGGAGCUACCUAAAUUCUUAUGUAAUAAAUGCAGGAUGGGGAGAUCGAUUACAUCCCAAUUGUUGCCUGUACUGCCCAUGAUGACAAGGAUACACAGCAGGAAUGUUUUAUGGCAGGCAUGCUUUGCAUAAUUGCUAAACCUGUUUUUAUUAGAAGUCUACAAGAAACGUUCUUGAGAAUUAAUGAGAUCAAAGUUAAAUCUUAAAACCUUAUCUUUGGAUCCAAAGGGAUCACUUCAAGUAUUAAAUGA